UACAGUCUCUGGGCACGGGGCCCAAAACGCCGUGUUUCGAAUUUGGCUGGAAUGAUCAUGGCGGAAUUCUUGGCUGUGACCCCCAGACGUCCAGUCUCGAGGUCCAGACGGAGUCAGUGUUGCGUGAUGCAUUGCACAUGCAUGGCAAGGUAGAUAAAACACCUAAAUGCCCACCGGAGUAUAAUCGACCACCUCGCCUCCUGCACAUCACGGCGUCUCUGUGCUCCUUUACGCGAGCAAUGCCGGGUGUCGAGAUAACGGGAUGCUGACCAGUUCUUCGAGACGAGUGGAUCUUCUCUCACGCCGGUAGCCGCCCUCCCUGGCCAAACACGAUCAACGUCUGGUGCAUCUACUUCGAACAACUGAGCGAGACAGCAUCGCCAUCAUCAUGAAGCCAAUACGCGGCAUUCUUGGGAGCAUCGCCCUCACCGCGCUGCACGCUGGCUAUGUGGCUGCUGACGGGGUGGGCUUCAUCGGAUACGGCAAGACUCUGUACCACCCAACCUGCGCAUUCGCUUGCCGCAAUGUCAUCAAGGGGUGCAAGUUGGCCUGCACGCCUGCCCAAAAUACCGCCAACCACGGCACAGCACACUCGCCCGUGACCACUCCGCCAGAUUGCUUCGUUAAGGAUGCCGCCUUCCUCCGCACCAUGGCCAUCUGCAUCGACACAUACUGCCCCCUGAGCGACAAUCCUUCACUCGACCUGAUCCAGGACUACUGGGCUUCCCACCUCGGAACCGGAACCAUUGGCAACUACCAGUGGGUGCCAGCGGUAUCAUACCCCGACGCUUUGGCCGCUGCGCGCGAGGACGAGAACUGGCUACUCACAGCACCAUCCAACUCGACGACCGGCGAAGGAGACCACGGCCAUGACGGUCAUGGCGCGAAGAAGCUCAAGAACCGCGAGUUCAUGACAGAGUCGGGUCCCAACGUCACCAGCCCCUUGCCCAUCAUCAAGGCGGGCCAGCCUCUCAACGCCACCAGUUUCAUUGCGCCAAAGGACUGGCAGAAGCAGUACAACGGCAUGCUGGACUUUGAGAUCAACGAGAACGGCCACUCAACAUACACUAUCACCAUCAUGCUGGUCGCCAUUCUUCUCCCGAUCCCUCUGUCCCUGCUCCGGUUCGUACCCGGCAUCGCCAAGAGCCGUGCCUGGACCUCGUUCCAGUCCGCCCUGGUCAACCCUGCCGUCUACGGGAAGCGUCACCGCACCCCGGUUGCCGGCGCCGUCGGGCUGAUGCCGACGCGCGGCCAAGCCAUGUACAUCUUCCUCAUCAGCCUGCUGAACCUUGUGUUCCUCCUCGCGCCGUACGUGUACCAUCAUCCGCAGAGCACAUUCACCUCGCGGGCCGCGCAGGAACUCAGCAUCAUUGGCAACCGCGCGGGCGUCAUGGCCAUGGGCAACGUCGUGGCCCUGUUCUUCUUUGCGGCACGCAACAACGUGCUGCUCUGGAUCACCGAUUGGAGCUAUGGCACCUACCUGCUGCUUCACCGCUGGCUGGGCUACUGGGCUGUGUUUCACACGGUUCUUCACUCGGCGAUGCUGCUGGCGUACUACAAGACCUAUGGCAACUACGAGGCCGAGUUGGUUCGUCAGUACUGGAUCUGGGGCAUCGUGGGAACCGUGGCUGCGGUUGCCAUCUUGCCAUCCUCGUUGCUGGUGGUGCGGCAAAAGCUGUACGAGUUUUUCGUGGCGUCCCAUGUUGUGCUCUCCCUGCUCUUUAUUAUCGGAUACUACUACCACAUCUGGUUCUGCUACGAGUACAAGUGGGGCUACGAGAUUUGGGCCUUCAUCGCCGCCGGGAUCUGGGCCACCGACCGGCUGCUCCGCCUUGUGCGCAUCGCUUGGCGAGGUUACCGUGCCGCUACGGUCAGCCUCGUGCAGGACUGCGCCGGCGAGUACCUCCGCAUCGAUAUCGACGAUAUGCAACUCGGCGAAGGUGUAGCGUACCUCACCUUCCCGGGCUUGGGCUGGCGCUUCUGGGAGUCGCAUCCCCUUUCGGUGGCCUUCAAUUCUGCCGAGAUCAGCGAGUUGCCGUCUACUCCUCCUGCCCCUAUCUCUCCAAUCCCGGACAGCAAAGAAGAGGCCAUCGCCGUCAAAACGGUAGCCACACCGCCAACCAACCACUCUCAGGGCUCGAAAUCCUUAACGAAGACAACAACAUUCUUUGCCCGCGUCCGCACCGGCGUAACAGCCAAGCUAGCCGCCCGUGCCGCCGUGACGGGACAAGUCCGACUCGGCGUCGUCGUAGACGGGCCCUACCCCCACUCAGGCGACGUCAUAACUCAGCUGAAGCAGUGCUCGAGCCACUUGUACAUUGCCGGCGGCGUCGGCCUCACGGCGCUCUUGUCCUUCCUCCGGCGCUCUGACAUUGCCGGGCCCUCCGCCCGGCGACUCGUUUGGUCUACUCGCAAACAGGGCCUGGCAGCUGCCUUGGAACCUGCGCUCACCUCGCUGCCGGACAGUGUUGUGGUCGACACGGCCGUGGGUCAGCGGUUAGAUCUUGACGGGAUCCUCGAGAAGGCGCUGGCCGACGCUGAGACGGAUGAUGCAGGGAUGAUUGGGAUUGUGGUGUGUGGCCCUCCGCAAAUGGCCGACGCAUGCCGGCAUAAGACGGUGCAGCUUACGAGGAAUGGGGGUGCCAGGAGGCCGUAUGUGUUGGUUGAUGAAGCGUUCGGGUGGUGAUCGAAUUUCCAGCUCAAGCGGGUAGUUGUCAACGAUGCGUUGGGGCUAGCCUAGCACUUGAAUCCUGCGUCGGAUUCUGCUUGAAGGCGGAAUGUGCGGAAAGCCGGGCACCUGUGGGCUCGUUGUUGUCCCUGCCGAUGUGCGAUCCAGCCCUGGUUUGUUCGUUAGCGUGGCACAUGGCAUAUACUACCUUAGAUGUGAAUGGAAAGAUGAUUUUCAAGAGAGAUAAUAAACAAGGAAGAUAAAAGAAAGAUAUGGACGAUAAAGUUAGAACGUAAGAGUAGGGGGAAGAGGAAGAGGAAGAGGAAGAG